AUGCAGGAGCAAAGGGAGCAACGCGAGGCGUUGGAGAAGCAGGUCGCGCAGGCGGAGGGGCUGCUGGCGGGGCUGAGGGCGAGCUGCCGGAUGCGGGAGGAGGGCGAAACAAUGGAGAGGAAGAGGCGUGAGCAGGCGAAGGAGCGGGUGCAGGCGGAGAUGCAGGAGAGGCGGAGGGAGAAGGAGCGGCUUGACAAGAGGAUGAAAGAGGGGCUGGCGAGGGUGGUGGACGAGGCGCGGGCGAGGGAAGAGAAGGUGAGGAGGGAGUUUGGGGAGGAGGAGGCAAGGAGGAAGAAGGCAGAGGCGGAGGCUGUGCAGGAGCGAGAGCAGCUAGCUGCAAUGAAGCUGGAACUGGAGAGGAGGGCCAAGGCUGGGCUGGAAGAGACGGAGAGACGGCUGGAGGAGGCAAAUGCGGAGAAGAAGAGGGAGGCUGAGGAGAGGGCGAAAGUGGAGGCCACUCUGAAAUCGGAGAAGGAGAGCGCUGAGGUGGCAUGGAGUGAAUUAGCGGAAGAGAGGAGUGCGCUACAAUUUGUGAGAGAGCAGGCGGCAGAGGAGCAGCGGAAGUGGGAGGAGGCUGCGCAGCGGAGCAGCAUGUUGGAGGAGCAAGUGGAGCAGCUGCGGCAGCAGGUGGAUGCGCUAGAGAGGCGUCACGAGGAGAGAGAGAGGGGGCCGAGGAAAGCUUUGGAAGGCGAGGAGUGCAUGCGGAGGGACGCGGAUGAGAGAUUGGCGGGGGAGAUGGAUGCUGUAGAUGAUGUGAAGGAGCGGGUGGGUGACUUGGAGGAGGCGAGGAGAGAGCUGGACGCGGCGUUGACAGGGAAGAGGCAGGCGAGGGAGGAGGAGGAAGUGAGGGCGAAGGAGGUGAGGGGCGAGAAGGACGAGGUGGAAAGGGCGUUCAUGCGGGUGAGUGAGGAGCUGAGGGUCGUACAGGAGGAAAUGGCAGCGGUGAGUGCUCAGUGCGGAAAGUUACAGGAGGAGCUUGGUUGUGUUCAGAAAAGGCUGGAAGAGGCAGAGAGGGCGGCGGAGGGGGCGGUGGCACACAGCAAGGCAAUGGCUGCUGCAGAAGCUGGAAGGAGUGUGGCAGAAGAGAGAGUGGCAGCGCUGGAAGCAGAGUUAGAGGCCGUGCGAGCGACGGCUGAGGAGAAGGAGCGGGAGCUGGCUGCUGUCAAUGCAGCGAGUGCUGGCGCGAGGGAAGCCCUGAGGUGUCGCGAGGCCAAGAUGGAGCAGAGGGAUAAAGAGGUUCAGGCGGAGAGGCCAGUGAGGGAAGCGGUGGAGAGGGAUCGGGCGGCGCUAGAGCAGGAGGUGCGGGUGGUGAGAGCCAAGGCGGAGGAGUCGGAGGAGGCGCUGAGGCGUGUGAGUGAGGAGAAGGGGAGGUUGGAGCAUGCGAGGGAGGUGGCAGAGAGGGAGAGGAGGAGGGUGGAGGAGGAGAGGGAUGCGGUGGAACGGGCAAGGGGCGAGGGGAAGUUGCCAGGAGGAGGGCUGAGGCUGCAGUGCGAGAGAUGCAGGAGGCAAAGGAGACGGCGGAAAGGGAGAGAAGGCAAAGAGAGCGCGGUGAUGGUGGAACGGCUGCGGGGGCUUCAAGGGCAGGUGGAGCAGCUACGCGAGCAGGUGGAAGUACUGGGCGAGCAGGUGAAGGAGCGAGAGGCGGAGGUGGCAGCGAACGCGAGGAUGAUGGAAGCGGCAAAGGGGAGGCGAGGUGAAGCGGAGCAGCGCGUGGUUGAACUGAGCACUGAACUGGAGGCGCUGAGAGGGAAGCUGAAGGAGACAGAGGUGGCAGCAGAGGCGAAAGAGAGGGCCUUGGCGGCAGCAGAGGAGGAGAAGGGCAGAGCGGCGCAGCAGAUGCAGGAGCAGAGGGAGCAGCGCGAGGCGUUGGAGAAGCAGGUCGCGCAGGCGGAGGGGCUGCUGGCGGGGCUGAGGGCGAGCUGCCGGAUGCGGGAGGAGGGCGAAACAAUGGAGAGGGAGAGCCACGAGCUGGCGAAGGAGCGGGUGCAAGCGGAGAUGCAGGAGAGGCGGAGGGAGAAGGAGCGGCUUGACGAGAGGAUCAGCGAGCUCCGGCAGCGAUUGGAAAUAGCGGAGGCGCAGGCGAGGGACCUGAAGGGGAGGCUGGAGGAGGAGGUGGGGAUGAAAGAGGGGCUGGCAAGGGCGGUGGACGAGGCAAGAGCGGCGUGCAAGGAGCUAGAGGAGCGUGUGGACGCUCAGGAGAGGGCGCUUGAGGGGAGGAAAGCGAAGGUGGAGGGGCUGAACCUGGAAAUGCAGCGGGUGGGGCAGCAGUUGUUGCGGGUGCAGGAGGAGAAGGAGCGCGCCCUGAGUAAGGUUGCAGCGUACCAUGGGGAGACGGGAGGGCUCCGGGAGCUGGUGGGUGUGUUGAAGGAGAGGGCGAGGGCGGCGUUGGUGCAAGGGGAGGAAGAGAUAGAGGCGAGGAGGCGAGUGGAGGAAGACAGGGACGCGCUGAGGCAGCGGGUGAGGGGUCUGGGGGCAGAGAUUAAGCAGAGGCAGCAGCAGGUGGAGGUGGUGAGGGGAGCUGGCAGCGGUGGAGGAGAGAGAGAGGAGCACAGGCGAGUGUUGCGCAAGACGAGGGGAGAGAUGGAGGCUCUGAUUCAAGAGAAGGAGGAGGCGGUGGUGCGGAUGAUGGCUCACAUGGAGCGAUUGUCAAUUGAGUUGGAGAAGCAGAGAGGAGAGGUCGCGAGGCUUGGGAAGAGUUGGAUGGAAGCGAAGGAGAGGCAAAAGGAGGCUGAGGAUAGGCGAAUGGAGGCAGAGGAGAGGCGAAAUGAGGUGGAGAGUAGAGGGAGGCAGGUGGGGAGCGAGCUGCAGCAGGCCGUGGAGAGCAAAGAAGCAGUGGCGGUGGAGAGAGACGUGCUGCAGGUGGUGCUGGGGGAGGUGGAGGAGGCGGGCGAGUGGCCGAGGGGCGAGGUAGAGGCGAGCAAGGCGCAGCAUGAGAGGGCGCGGCUGGUGGCGCAAGUAGCUGAGCUGGAGAAGGGUCUUGCAGCAGAACGCGAGGUGAGCAGAGCGCUGCAAGGGGAGGUGCGUCAGGCCAUGGAGGGCAGAGCAGCGGUGGCGGUGGAGAGAGACAUGCUGCAGGUGGGUGUGGAGGUGGCGGAGGCGAGACGACGGUAUGAGGAGGCGGAGCGGGCGCGGGAGGAAGCAGAGCGCCGAGUGGAGGAGCUGGAGAGGGCGGUGAGGGAGAUGGUGGCUCAGGUGGAGGCGAUUGCACGGGGGCUGGGGGCGGCGAAGGAGGAGAUGACGAUGCUGCAGAGCGAGAGAGACGCUGCGGUGGAGGCCAGGGACAGGGAGGUGAGCCAGUGGAGAGAGAGUGUGAGGCGGCAGCAGGAGGAGGUGGGGCGAGUGCGGGGCGAGUUGGAGGAGGCGGAGAGGAGAGCGAGGGAGGAGGGAGAGAGGGCGGUGAGGGCGCAGGGUGAGGUGGGGGAGCUGCGGGGCGUGGUGGCAGAGAUGCAGAGAGGGCUGUCUGAGAUGGCGGACCGGCUGGGGGAGAUGGCUCAAGAGGUGGAGAGGGAGCAGGUCACCAAGGAGGCGGCAAGGAGGGAGGCGGAGAGGCGGCAGGCGGAGCACGAGAGGUGUGUGGAGGAGCUGCGUGCGACUGUGAGGGAUGAUGCUGUGUGGAGCUCUAAAAUUGAGGCGGUGAAGGUGGAGAUGAAGGAGAGGGAGGCAGCGUUGCUGGGGCAGAUGGAGGAGGUCCAGCAGACGUGGUGGCGCAAGAUGGAGGUGCAGGACAAGGAGUGGGAGGCGGUUGUGCGGAGGGCGAACGAGGAGGCUUGGAGGAGGAAGGGGGAGCGGUGGGUGGAAAUGACGAGGCAGAUGGAGGAGCGGGCAAGGGAGGAGCAGGAGGAGGAGUUGAGGAGGAAGGAGGAGUGGAUGAAGAGGGAGCUGAAGCUGGAGGCGGCGUGGAGGGAGGAGAAGGCAGAGUGGGAGCAGAAGGAGAGGCGGCUGCGGGAGCUGGAGGAGGAGGCGGGCGAGCUGAGGAGCAAGCUGGAGGCUGCCUCUGUUGCUGCAGGCGCAGCCGCAGCACAACUGGUGGAAGCCUGGGCUGCCACUGAAGAGGCGGGUAAAGCUGCUGCUGAGGCUGCUGCUGCUCAUGAGGCUGCUUCAACCAGAGCAGGAGCAGUGGCAGCAGAGGUGGAGGCGGUGAGGGCGGAGGUGGAGGCGAUGGUGCAGCGCAUGGACGAGGAGAGGGCUAUGCGAGACGCUGCCCUCGCCACACUGAUGGCCGCUGUUGACGGCUCCUCUCCAGACGCAGCAGCAGCAGCACGGGCGUUCCCCCUGCACAGCGGGGAGAUGGUGGCGUUGGCACCAAGGACUCGGCAGGCAGGCGCACAGGCAGCAGGCAAUGGGGGGGAGGGGGCUGACAAGGGCGCUGCAGGGGCAGCGGGAGCAGCGGGGGCGUCGCCGGUUCUGGCGGGUGCUGGUGGUGCGACCGCUGUGAUGAGUGCUGAGGGCGACAGGUGA